UUUCCCCCUUGUACCACCAGACGGCGCUGUGAUUACCCAUGUCAGUGGUUCUCUGUGGUAUGACGAAGCAGCCACUCUUGUGCUCGAUUGGAGCUCGAGUGUAGCUCAGAAGGGUGGAGCGAUCAGUCAGUGUAAGUACAUUUGCUGCUCUAUGGAAGGGGAGGAGGUAUCAGAUAUCUUGCGCCUCAGUGUGGGAGGCUGCCAGUUCACUGCUCGGAGAGACUCGCUCUGUCGCUUCCAGGACUCCAUGCUGAGCACCAUGUUCAGCGGCAGGUUCCCUCUGAGAAAAGACCACACAGGGGCUUGUGUAAUCGAGAGGGAUGGGCAGCUCUUUAAGUUCCUAUUGGAUUAUCUUCACGGGGAGCUCCACCUCCCUGCUGAUGAGGAGACGCGAUUGGCUGUGCAGCGGGAGGCAGAUUAUUUCGGGGUGCCCUUCCCUCAGUCGCUGACGGAGCAGCUUGUCACAGAGAUGGAGUCUGGGGCUCUGAGGGAGAGCACCCCCCUGCGCCAGGCCCUGUCUGAUCUGUGCCAGGCGUAUGGACUGGUCUGCUCGCGGCCGGUGGUCUGGGUGCUGCAUUAUCUGAGUGCGUGCGGAGCGAGCUGUGAGACCAAGGUGCUGGGUGUGUUCGGGAGCCGGGAGCAGGGGCUGCAGGCCAUGGACAAGCAGCUGGGGGGCAAGAAGAACAGCCGCAGUGUCCACCGCAGGGAGGCUGCUGGGAAUGUGCAGUAUAUCUGGAGCUACUACUCCCCUGCUGAGCUGGGCAAGAUGAUGGACGCCUUCGACAGCUGGGAGGGGCGAGGAGUGAGUUUCUGGCGGGUGCCCCAGGAGCUGAUCGAGUGCUGGACGCUGGAGAAACGCCCCCUGCAGGACAGUCAGGAGCCGCUCACCCCCAGGCACAAAAGGUGGUUCCUGGAAUGCUCAGAGAAGGAGGAAGUGGAGGAACCAAGCCCCAAGCGUGUCACCCAGCGAAUCACCUUCUCCGGCCCAUCCACCAGCACAGCCAUUCGGGUCAGGAACUCUGGAAUAGCACAGUCCUCCAGGGAGGGAGGGGCUGGCAGCCUGCCUGGUCCUCCAAGCACCAAACACAACCAGAACCAGGAUCAGAGCCAGGGCCGGACCAGAGAGCCCGGGAACAGGAACACUGUCUCGGGUCCUGGAGUCCGGACCAGUGCUUCUGAUAAAGAGUCCAGGAGCAGGGGCAGUGUGCAGUCCAGCAUUGCUGCGGCUUUGGACCAGUCUGGAUCCCCGGCACACAGACAGAACAACUCGGGGCCGCCAGUCCAAGCCAGCCCCCAACCCAGCCGGCCUGUUCGCCUGAAGAGACUGGUGCUGCCUAGCCAGACGGAGCUGAGACAGAGGACUGGAGUGGGAGAGGGGGGAGCACAGGCGCAGAAGGGAAUGGGCAGCACACCAACACAAGAGGGGAGAAAUGAGGGGAAUGGAGAGGGCUGAUCUGACGGAGAAGCUAUUGCCCUUUACCCUCAGCAUUACAUACGAUACCCUGCAGAGAGAAGGGGGCACAGGGAACAGAGUGUCUGUGAGUGAAGUAGAACCCCAGAGUUAGGAACAUGCAGGCAUUCAGAAGACUGCAAUCUGAAACCUAUUAUUAGUUUCAAUGGUUUAAUGUAUGUGUACUGUAUUAGCGCAAUCUGUAACAUGAGGAAUGUUAAUAAGAAAACACAAGUCAAGCCCAUAGAGCUGUGUUGAAAUUCACAGUGUUGCGGCUCCAGAGUCUUUUACCAUAGGCUGGGUCCCUGGAGCAUUUGGUUGAGCGGUUAGUUUGUAAGUGUGAGGCUCUUAACUUUGAGGUUCAACUGUAUCCCCCAUAGCCCCCCAACCCCCACACCCUUAGGAGGUGUCACACAGUGCCCCCUGCAGCUUAGAAGAGGAAGGGAGGUUUGACUGUUGAUGUAACCUGGAGGUAGGAAUGAGACCGGGCAUGAUGGUGCUCUUAUCAUCAUCAUCAUCAUCAUUAUUAUUAUUAUUAUUAUUAUUAUUAUUAUUAUUAUUAUUAUUAUUAUUAUUAUUAAUGUUCAUUUUUAUAACAUAGUUGUUUUUUUUCCUGCAAGAUUUUCAUGAUAUGCCUUGUCAUUUUUGGUAAAUAAAUAAAGUGAGGUGCCUGACGGGCUGUCAUUAAUAGA